ACACAUACUAAAGUUGUCUCUGUGUUUAUAAAGCCACAGCACACGUGCUGUCUGCAGAGGAGGCUGAAAAUUGCUCCAUCCAUGACAUUGUGAUGCCACUUCCUGGGUUUGAUGUCAUCUACCCCUCUCAUCAUGUGGGCAAAGGUUACAGAGAGCUGCUCACCGCAGAUGGGUUGGACAUCGACAACAUGAGACACAAAGUGAAGGACUAUUCUCUGGCUGGAGCCUACAGACGCAUCAUCAUCAGACCCAGUGAUGUCAGCUGGGAGGUGAUUCAGUAUGACGACCCCAGGAUCUCCCUGGUGCAUAGUGAUUUUGAGAAGCUGGAGAACAAACCGGCUCCUGUCUUUAACAAGGAGGGGAAGUAUCGGGCUCUGCGGAUGGAGUUCUCCCUGCCUCCCUCAACCUACGCUACCAUGGCAAUCCGAGAGGUCCUCAAGUUGGACACUAGCAUCAAGAAACAGACACAGCUCAACACCACUUGGUUCAACUGAGACCUAAACACAUUUUGGUAUAAAACGGACUGCUGCUGCAGGCUGCAAAGCACCUGUCCACUGUGGCUACGUACUGUUGUGAGUGUUUUAUGUGUGUUAUGUGUGUGCGAAUGAGAGCGAUUGGGUUCUGUCUGAGCCCAAAGGUAAUUUCUUUGAAGUACAAAGAGCAACGAUUUAUCAUUAUUCAACUUUUUUUUUUUUAAAAGAAGUAGUGUUUUUACUCGCUCAAAAGUGUUUCUUAGCUGCAGUGAUUCAGCAUAUUUUGACAAUGAUUUAAGCAAACCUUGUUCUUUCAGGGUGUCGCAUACAUUAUUCCUUACUGCACAGGAUGCUCAGCAUGCCCUCUUUGUAUAGAAAUUAGUUUGUUUUUUUAUCUUUGAGCUGAAUGUGUGAAUUGAAAAAACUCUUGAAGUGAGGAAUUAAACAUGGCGAGUGUUUAGUA